CAAUCGAAGAAGCGGCUCGCGCUCGCGAUCCUCGACUUCCUCCAGACCUCCCAGAAGGACGGCUCCGUGGAGGCCGAGGACGCAGAGCAGCUGGAGAUCGCGCAGAACUGCAUCGCCGAGGCGUUCAAGGUCGACGCCGCGGACGAGGCCGCCGUCAGGGACGCCCUGGGCGGCCAGAACCUCCUCUCCAUAUACAAUGUCUACGAGAAGCUGAAGGUUAGGGGUGCUUCGGCGGCCGCGAGCAGCAGUGCUAGCUCGUCGACUCCGGCACCAGAGAAGCCGGCUGAGGGUGCUGCUGCUGCGGGCAACAAGGAGGAGGCGGAGAAGCUGAAGGGUCAGGGCAACGAGGCGAUGAAGAAGAAGGAUUAUGCCAGCGCUGUGGACUUCUACACAAAGGCCCUCGAUGUGAUUCCCCUCAACCCCAUCUAUCUCUCCAACCGCGCUGCUGCGUACUCCGGACAGGGAAAGCACGAGGAGGCGAAGAACGACGCGGAGAUGGCCGUCGCUGCGGACCCCAAGUACAGCAAGGCGUGGUCGAGACUCGGUUUGGCGAAGUACGUGCUCGGUGAUGCUAAGGGCGCUAUGGAGGCAUACAAGGCGGGUAUGGAUGCCGAGGGCGGUGGCUCGGAGGUCAUGCGCAAGGGCUACGAGACGGCGAAGAAGAGGUACGAGGAGGAGGGUGGAGAUGUUGCGACUGCCGAGUCUACGAGAAGCCCACCUGGUGCUGGCGCUGCUGGCAUGCCCGAUCUGUCAGGAUUGGCUAGCAUGCUCGGUGGUGGAGGAGGAGGCGGCGGUGGCAUGCCCGACUUCAGUGCUAUGAUGAACAACCCGAUGAUGAGGCAGAUGGCCCAGAACCUCAUGUCCAACCCUGACGCAAUGAACAACCUCCUCAGCAACCCGAGGAUAGCAGAAAUGGCAGAGAGGUUCGGUGGUGGUGGCCGAGGUGGAGGCGGCGCUGGCGGUGCUGGCGGCGGCGGCGGCAUGCCAGACUUGAGCGCGAUGAUGAACGACCCCAGCAUCGCUGAGAUGGCACGAAACUUCAUGGGAGGUAUGGGCGGUGCCCCCGGUGGUGCUGGACGCGGUGCCGGUCAGUAA